AUCCUCACACACACACACACACACACACACACACACACACACACACACACACACACACACAGUGAUUCAGUGGCUUAGUGUUUUAUAGUUUAAAGAUGUUUCAUUGUAACAGAGGAGAUGAAGAGGACAUGACGGUGGUCGUCUAUAAAAUUGCGGAUGAUUUUAGAGGCUACAACACAGAGCUGGAGAAAGCUGAUACCAAGAGUAACCUACAAACUCAACACACAGGACUCAAUACUGUAUGGAGCAGAUGUUUCACACUGACCGCAGUGUGUGUGCUCCUGCUGUGUGUUCUCCUGCUGAGUGCCAUCACAGUGCUGUGGAUCCAAUUCACCAGCCUGAACACAGAAAAUAACCAGUUACAGACCAGUUACAACAACCUGCCUAUAGAGGGAGACCAGUCACAGACCAGUUACAACACCCUGACUAGAGAGAGAGACCAGUUACUGCAGGAGAGAUUAGAACUGCACAGUGCACUAUUAAAACUUGGAUGGAGAUUUUUCAACUCGAGUGUUUACAACAUUUCUACUGAAAUGAAGAGCUGGACUGAGAGCAGAGACUACUGCAGAGAGAGAGGAGCAGACCUGGUGAUCAUAAACAGCAAAGAGGAACAGGAGUUCAUCAGUAAAAUCCUGGGCAGAAGAAAAGCUUGGAUUGGACUGAAUGACAGAGACAGAGAGGGCGAGUGGAAGUGGGUGGACGGUACACCGCUGAACACUGAGUUCUGGGGACAAGGAGAACCCAACGGUGCUGCAAGAGAGGACUGUGUUAUAAUUCGUGAUUACACUGAUCCUGUCUGGAACUGGUCUGAUUAUCCCUGUAGUCGUCAGUUUAUUUGGAUCUGUGAGAAGACAGUCGUUAUCUGAAUUACUGCAUGUGAUUGAAAAGCAGUAAAUAAGUUGAUAUUUUUAUCUGUGUAGGUCAGUGUGUUGUGUCAGUUGCUGAUUACAGGUAAUGAAGUUUGGACAGCAUGUUGUUUGUUUGUUUGUUUAUGCUGUAAGGUCCUACUUAUGUUUAUUACUAUUUACUAUUUUCACUCUUAACUUGUUUGUCAAUAAAUUCUUUAUCAAAUUAAAGUACGAACGAAGAA